AGGCUUGGUAGGAGGAGACGCGUGUGGUCAGUGUGAGCAUUUGAGUCGUCUAGAGUGGUAGGGUGCUAUGACACCGGAUUUUGGGGUGUAUAUUUAGCGAGGACGGAAGAGGUGUUUGUGUGUUGUAUUUUUGACUGUACUUUUGGUUUCUGUCUAGACGAGAUCACGUCUAUAUUGGCAUGUCGGUCGCUACGUUUGCCACGAAGGCUGACAAGUUGUCUCUUGUUCAGUCUGACGACUGUGUGAAUGGAUGGUCACACUAUAUUUCAUCGCCUACAUCAAUGAAACAUGUGAAAGAAACUUUUGGUUUAUUGUUGAAAGAUCAGCGUGUCGGUUGCAGUGACGAGAAGAGAACAAUGCUGGACGGAUCUAAUGCCGAGUCCACGGAUGACAUGCAAGUUCUUUGCUCAGAUGACAAAUUGAAAGAACUGGUCAGAUGUUUGUUGCGUGGACGAAGUGUGCAGGUGCAGUCAGACGACCAAGCUGUUGGAUUGGAUGCCUCUGGUCUGUUGUGUGCUAUAAAUCGAAUUGUGAAGAAGUCUAAGCGACCGGAUAGUGUUAUCCACUGUCUUCUUCCUGCCCUUGAUGUCUUUGUCAGAGACACUGAAGUUGAAUGUGUGGAGUCUGACCUCAUUCAGUUGCUAAUAUUAUUCAUGGAUCUCUGCUCAAGAGAUGCCAGUGUGAUUGGUCAUGUCUUUCACAAGCUGGUGUUACUGGCACAGCUUCCUUCAUAUCAAAUGGCCAUUGCUGAGAAAUUUUCAACUUUAGCAGUAGACUCCUUACUUGAAAACAGUCUCAGUUUAGUCAAAGCUGAUCGACCUAUCCUUGAGUCAUUUAUAUCUGUCUUUACUUCCAUCAUGCAGUCCCAAAUUGUUCAUGACAAAAGUUUCUUGUCGAAAUUGAAAGUAUUUGCUGCAAUAUGUGAUCUACUGAAAGAAGAAGAAGCUUUUCAGUUGGCACCUUGCUCUCUUCAGAAGAUCCUCUCCCUCCUCGUUGUUACAGCUGAUGGUCAGCUUGAAUCACAGCAGAUGCUUCUAAGCAGAAAUAUGCAGAAGCAAGUAGCUGAUUUGAUGAUGCGUCAUGUUAGUGAUGAGUCUAUGCAUCAAACAGCUUGUUCCUUUUUUGUAACUUUGUCUGCUGUUCCUGCUAACAAACAACAGUUGGUGAAUUUUCCUGUUUGUAGUGCUCUUACAGGAACUAUCAAAGCUUUCAGACAUCAGUGUUGUGUCCUCAUGCCUGCAUUACAAGCAGUUGGUAAUUUGGCACUAAAUGGCUACGGCUCAUCAGAGAUCAUAGAUACUGGAAUCCACCACAGUGUUAUAGAAUGUCUUGCUGAUGAGAAAGUGAAUGUGAUCUGUAGAUAUCAGGCAUGCAGUGUGCUAGUCAAUAUGACUUGCACGAAUCUACAAGAUAGAAAGAGAUUGGUCGAAGCUGGUGCUCAUUGUCCAGUCAACAGUCUUCUACAGAAUGCCAAAUUAUUGUGCAAGGAGCUUCUUUCUCAGGCAUGCAAAGUUCUGAUCAAUCUAACUGCUGCUGCUGGCCAAAGUGAUGUAGCUUCUCGUCUUAUUCAAGAUGGCAUCCAUUGUGUAUUAAUUCAGUUAAUGAGACAACCACAAACCAUUCCACCCUGUCUUGUUUUCCACUGUUGCUGGGCCAUUCUAAACAUGAGUCAAUCUAAUGAGACAAAUGUGAUGCUCAUCGAAUCAGGUGCUGCCCACUGUUUGGUCAAUGUUAUCAAUCAUUACUACCAAUGCAAAAAAAUUUCUGAAAAGGCUAUGGCAGCUCUAAGUGCUCUAACAGCAUCAGAGCAGAGCAGAGUAGUAUUUAUGUCAACACAUGCUCAUAAAGCGAUUAUCUAUCUUUUUCGAUCUUGCCUAAUUCUUCCUCUGUGGAUUACUGAGAAACUCAUUCGUGUCAUCACUGUUUUAGCAUCUUGUUGUGAUCGUUACAGGCGAGCAUUAGUGCUUGAUGGAGCAAUUCAGCCUAUUUUGAACUACAUGAACAGAUAUUUGUGUGAUGCUCAACUUCAAAUGAUGGUGUGUCAGGCUGUACACAGGAUCAGUGUAAAUGGGAACAACAAGUUGGCUCUAAUUGAAAGUGGAGUUUUACAGCACAUCAGGCAGAUGUUACAAGCCCAUCGGAUCAAUGAAGAGGUCCACCGUCAUGGUCUACUUGUUAUCGCAUGUCUCAGUUUGGUUGAGGUUGAAGCCAAGCGUUUGAUAGGAGAGGCAGGUUGUAUCCAAGAUGCUGUUGUCAGUCUUGUUUCUUUUUCACAAUCUGCAAAUGUCCAAACUCUAGGAUUUAUUGUUCUUCUUUGUUUGGCAAAAAAUAACUGGAAUCUAAAACAGAUGGCAAGACUUCGAUUGACUGAGUUUAUGUUGACAGCUUUGGAAAGGUUUCCUCAGGAGACUGAUGUUCAAAACUAUGGCUCCACAUUGCUGUCUUGUUUGUAUUGUUACUUUGUUGAACGUCGACCAGGCAUUGGUCGUGUUUCUUGCGUGAGAUCUAGUCAAUCCAAAGUAAACACUGUACGAGUGAGUCAGUUGAGUGGAGUCACAUAUAAUGUUUGUCCUAACUGUAAAAAUGGUAGAGCAUCAGAAAUGGUUAUUAAAAUUGGUCACUUGAAUGUGUCUGUGUAUCAGAAGUUAGUUGACAGAGGUUGGUUCCGACGUGGUGCUAUUCAGCUGUUUGCAUCUACGUCUUGUCAUUCUCCAUCAUGUAAUACAGCAGAGCUUCGUGUUGACAUUAGGAAAUUUGAAGUGGUGCGAUCCAAAAUGUACAAGAGAGUUAUCAAGAAGUGUGAGCGUCGUGGUGUAACCGUGAGGACUGUUCAACCUCAAUUCAGUGAUGAAGCUUUUCACUUGUAUUCCCAAUAUCAAAUGAAACGGCAUGAGUCAGAGAACUGCACUGCAUCCUCUUACCACGCUCACCUUGUGAGCACUCCACUCAUUCCACAGGAAAUAAAUGGCAUUGCAUAUGGCACAUUCCAUCAGCAGUAUCAGAUAGAUGGCCGUCUGGUAGGAGUAGGAGUAAUCGAUGUUCUACCACAGGCACUGUGCAGUGUUUACAUGUUUUAUGAUGUUUCAUCAGAAAUAAGUAAAUUAUCAUUGGGUGUCUACUCUGCUAUAAUGGAAAUUCAGUUUGCGCAGUCUCUGAAUGCCCAAGGUGCAAAUAUUCAUCAUUACUAUUUAGGUAGUUUCAACCCAACUAACAAGAAGCUUCUCUAUAAAGCAAAUUACAGGCCAUCAGAAGUUAUGUGUCCUCAUGUUUCCAUGCAGUGGCAGCCAUAUGCAGGGUCUUCUUGCUCUGUAUUUGGAGAACCAUCAACAUCAACUAUAUCCACUUCUCUACUGCCCUCUAUUGCGCGUCCUCACAGCUCUUGCCCAAUUAGACGAUCUAUUGCUUGUGCAAGACGGAAAUGUAUGUCUAAAAAGUCUAUGCCAACGUAUAAAGACCUUCUAUUCUUGGUUGAAGGGCAUCUUCUUCAUGGUGGUGAGCUGCUAAAUUACUAUGUUGUUCAUCCAAAAUGUGUGGACAGCCUGAUCCACACAUUGGAAUUGCUCAUCAAAAUUAUGGGACCAGAACUUGCUAGACAGUUAGAAAUUGAACUUGAAGUUAUUGAACCUAAGAAAGUCACAACUCAGUAGUUUGGAUUGUGAUUGUUAGAAGAAGAUACGUUCUAUGUAUACUGAGUAUGUGAUAAGUUUUUAUUUAAGUUGCAUUUUAUGACAUUGAUAUUUAUUCAUAUUCAUUUAUAUAAAUUUCAUCAACUCAUGUAAUUGUUACAAAA